AUGAAUGAAAUAGCUACUAUUGGAAGGAUACAUCAUGUCAAUGUAGUGACGUUGGUGGGAUAUUGUGCACAAGGCUCCAAGCGUGCCCUUGUCUAUGAUUUCAUGCCAAAUGGUUCCCUCGAAAAGUACCUUUUCAAUCGACAAGAAAAGAGUUCCUUAAAUUGGGACACUAAGUUUGAGAUUGCAGUAGGAGCUGCUCGAGGGAUUGAGUAUUUACACCAAGGGUGUGAUGUUCAGAUCAUACAUUUCGACAUCAAACCACAUAAUAUACUUCUUUAUGAUAAGUUUGUACCCAAAAUAUCUGAUUUUGGGCUGGCAAAGUUUUUCUCCACAGAUAAGAAGGAAGUGACCAUGACGGCUGUCAGAGGAACCAUAGGGUAUGUUGCUCCAGAACUGAUCAGUAGGAGUAUUGGGGAAGUGUCGUACAAGGCUGAUGUGUAUAGUUUCGGGAUGUUGCUGGUGGAAAUGGUGAACUUAAAGAGAGACUUGGUAGGAAUCAAUGAUGAUCCGAAUCAGUAUUUUCCAAAUUGGAUUUAUGAUUGUUUUAACCAAAGCAAAGAAAUUGAAAUGUUGAAAGCUAUUGAAGAUGUCGACUACGAUGAUGAUGGGAUUAGGGGUAUUGUUCUAAAGAUGACGAUAGUUGCAUUGUGGUGCAUACAAAUGAAUCCAAAUGAUCGUCCAUCAAUGAGUAUGGUAUUGGAAAUGUUGGAAAGUGAUGUUCAACGUCUACAUAUUCCUAAGUAUCCGUCCCAAUCCAGCCAUAUUGUACUAAAUGUUGAUCAAACUGAGAUUUCACAUUCCACUACUUCUAUAUAUAAGCUUCAUUAUGGUGCUUCUUCCUCUGCAUAG